AUGUCGAGGCAGCGCGCAGCGCCAUUCAAGAAGGGACGUGUGUUUUCUUCAAGGUGCAUUCAAAAGGAAGCAGAAAAAUUCCCAGAGUACCACGGUUGUGUCCCGUAUGAAGAGAUGGAAGAUUUCUCCAACAGAGGUGUUUCGUCUCUCGAAAUUCUUGCGACUGCAUCCAGAGCAGUCCAUCAAACAACGAGGAUCAUGACUCAGACACGGAAUGCCAUGCUUGAACUUGUUCGUAAUAUUGUGGAGGAAAUCAAUGACGAUGAGGAACUGGUUGAUUGCAUACAAGAGGAAGAAGAGUUCAACCGUCAAAUGAAUCAGGCUAUUCAGGAAUCAUUCCAGGAAUUCCAAUCAAGCAGCAAGGCAUAG